CAGGCCGUCGAAGGCAGCGGUCGCGUCGUGGUCUUCAGACACUUUCGUGAGAGAAAUGCAAAUACCAGAAAUUCAAUAUUGAACGCGAGCCGAGAGAAAAGAAAAGUGUGAGACGUGUUUGGAAAAUCGAAUCGAAUUUCGUACGGCACCGUCAACGGAAAUCGCAACAACGGUAAUUGGUGUGUGUGCUCGGUCUCAAUCAUUCCCUGUGAGUGAGUGCCUGUGUGAACUUUAUUGGUUUUGAAACACAACCAACUAAUUGUGGAAUAUUUUGGGCCACUUGAGCCAAGGAUAUCAGCGGUUCAGAGCCAGUUUGCGGUCCAUCGAAAUGGGAGGCAGUCGCAACUCAAGGUUGCUACUGGCGCUAAUGUUGCUGCUAGGCGCGUCAACAACAUCGAGCGGAGAGUCCACCACGGAGACUCCAUCGGCCCUACUGCCAUUAGAGGCACGAAGUGCUGAUGUUUCGGGCGAGGAGGAUGUCAUCUCCACCAGCUAUGUGCUGCCCAAUCAGAUUUUCAACGAGGGAAAACCGUACUACGCCCGCCAGGAUCCAGUGUCGGGUCAGCUGGACUUCAGUGCCAAGAAACCGGCGGGAAUCCAGCCGGAGGCUAAUGAGGUAGUAGAUCCCGACGAGAAGAUUGUGUUGAGUGGUGGCAGUUCACCAAACAUUCAUGACUUCUUGAACCUCCCCGUUAAGUACUCCUCGUCAAAGUUCGUUUAUCCGCUGGUCUCCAGUUCCUACGCCAAUCUGAAGUACCAGGGCAGCAACAAGAAUUACAUUACCAACAAGAAACCCACUUCGGUGGUGGCUCCAGUCACACCCCCGCCGCCAAACUAUCACAGUUCGAACUUCUUCACGGUUCCUACCACCAAACUAACCGCUGUGACACCCACGGCUGGAGCUUACUAUCCCAGCAGCCCCACCAGUACCACCACCACCACAUCUACAACUACAACCACUACGACAACAACUACUCGAGGAACUUUGCCGCCAUCGAGGAGACCAGUUAGCACCACUACGACCACGGAGGCAACAACUCCGGCGGUCAAGUAUACCACCACCUCCCGCCGACCCAUUCCCGUGCAGACGGCCUCCACCACGGCGCAACCACCGCGCACCAGCACCACCCGAAAGAAGUUUGUGCCCGCCAAGAAGUACAGUCCCUCAGUGCCCAGCACCAGUGGAAGGCCAACGCUCAGCCGCGAGGAUCAGCGUCCGGUGAAGUCAUCGCCCAGACCCACUCCUAGCAGCCAAGAUGUGGCUCUCACCACCCACCAUGCCACGCCACAGGCGGCCAUCUUCCCCACUGAGCCAGCCACGACCACCAAGAUGUACACAACCUCGAGCACAAGUCCGCCAGUGGUGUUCACCGAAGGACCCACGCCCCCACCCGCGUUUAGUCCCAUUCCGGGAACUGGUAUUCCCAAUCUAGAUCCAGCUGAUGUUUACCACACGCUGGGGCAGAAGAACACGCAGGCUGAGGAACAGCAGCAGCAGCAACUGGAAAAGCAGCAGCAACAACAAAUGCAGCAGCAAUAUCAGGAGCAGCAGCAACAACAGCAGCAGCUAUAUCAACAACAACAGCAAUAUCAGAUGCAACUGGAAAAGCAACAACUGGAAAAGCAGAAACAUCCAUACCAGCAGCAACUGGAAAAGCAGCAGCAGCACCAUCAGCAACAUCAGCAGCACCAGCAGCAUCAGCAACAGCAGCAACAACAACAACAACAACAUCAGGUGCAGCAACAACAGCAGCAUCAGCAACAGCAACAUCAGCAACAACAACAUCAGCAACAACAUCAACCUCAACCACCAACUCAACAACAGAAACCGUCUCCUCCUAAAUCUCCCAUGACCCUCAGCGAUAUAUUUAAUAGCCUGGCCGAAGAAGAAUCCAAUGUGGCACAAAACUACCAGCAAAAUCAGGGAUUCGAUGCCCAGGGCAAUCUCAUCCAGCCUAUUGCGCCCUCUAAGCCAUCGCCUUUCGCCAUGCAUCAGCCAGGACCACAGCAGUCAGAACCACAGCAGCAAGGACCACAACAGCAAGGAUCUCAGCAACCAGGAUCACAGCAGCGACCCAAUCCCAAUGAUCAGAAGGUGAUCUCCGGAAGCCAGGAGAAUUACAGCAACGAGUAUGUGUCGUACCAAGUGCAGCAGCCAAACAUGAUGCAAUACCGACCAGUGCCGGGCCAGAUCAACAACGUGGUCAUCUCACCGGGCCAGCAGUCGGCCUCUUUCGUUCUUGGCAGUCAGGUGCAACAGGUCAGCGUGGGACACCCAAGUGUCGAAAAGGAACCUCUAUUCGCCAAGGACACGCCAGGAGUGCAAUAUGGGCAGGUAAUCAACGAGGAUAUCGGCAACAUUAAGCGACCUCUUAAGGAACCAGCAAUGCCAACCAGCUAUCAACAGAUGCCGAGCCUCCAGCAGAACUCUAAUUUCCAUCAAAACGGAAAUGUGGGCCCAUCAGGAGCUCCUGGAGCAGCUUCCUACCAAGAGCCACCGCCAGAGGCACCAAGUCCUUAUCAACAGCUGCCUCUAAUUGGUUCCAAUAAGAGACCAUCAAAGAAACCUGCAGCUAAACCAGAGCAGCCUACCCAUGCCUACCCACCUCCCCAAGCCUCGACGCCACCUCAAACGCAGACCACACCACCGGCUGUGUUGCAAGGAGACGAUACCAAGGAGCUUUUGGUCUCGACCAACAUUCGGUUUCCCGCUCAGGGUGAAGAGUCACCAGAUCUAUCCUCUGUGAUGCAAGGUCCUCCUGCAGGACCCCACAUUAAUGGCCAUGCUCAACCUCUUAGUCUGCAGCAAAUUCAGAACUCCAAUCCUGUUGUUUUCCCCAAGGCCAAGGAUGAACCCGUUCCCAGCAGCCCUAAUGUGCAGAUCCAACAGCAUGAAGUGCUCAAUCUGAGUCAGCAGAAACCACCAUUGAAAUUCCCUGCCCAGCAGCCUGGACUUGGCGAGCAACCCUCGCUGGAUAUGGAACCACCCCCGCGGUAUCCCACUACCAUGCCAGUGCCCCAGGCACAGGCUCCAACUCCUGGCAAGCGACCACUCGGCCCACCACCACCAUCAAAUUUCUAUAACGAGUUCAACCGCAAGCCUCAGAAUGGACCACGCCCGAGCAACCUGCCCAAUAUAUUGCCACAGUUCCGUCCGAAUGCCAAGAUCUCGAGUGGACAUCCUCCGGCCUUCAAGCAGGAACCGGGAAACAUCCGUUUGCCGCAGCAAGGUGGUCCCAAGCGUCCUUAUAAUCCCUCAGUGCCGCCUCAGUUUGCCCACCGUCGCCAGCCGUUGAAUCAACAGCAACAGCCGCUGUUGCAGAAGCGUUAUCCCAUGAAUCGCAUCUCGGAAUAUCCCGUGGGUCCCAGUCCUGGAGGAGAUGUCAAUAGGAGGGUUUACAGGCUGCCCCCGUAUGGAGGUCAGAAUGUGCCCUACCUGCCCGACCACAUGUAUCCUCGUCGUCCGCACGGUCCUGGUCCAUUAAGAUCAGUUGACGGGUAUCCCGCCGAGCGACAUGCUCCUUCCGCUGAGCCCUACAAGACCAUCGAUGCCGAGGCGGCAGCUGAUUUUGAGGAGGAGGAUCUUGUGAUCAACGAUCCGCCACAACCAGUGACCCCUGGCAAGGAUCGCAAGGAUGUUGAGGAAACGAAAUUGGAGCCAGUAGUCACCCUGCAAAUGCUGCAGUCCCAAAAAAAGGCAGUGAGCCUGCCCGGCGAUGAUUCGGGUGCGGGAGAGAUCCAGGUCACGGCCGAGAACGACCCCCAGGAGGCUGAGGCCUCCAAGCUUAGCCAGCAGAAGUUGGAUCCUAGCGGAAUGUACGUAGUUUUUCCGAUGAAGGGGGCAGAAAAGGGUCAGACCGAAGGAGAGGCUCCCUCAGCUCCAGCCGAAUACCAGAACACACCCUUCUCCGUAAUUCGCGACCAGCCGCAGGAACCGAUUCUGAAGAAUAAGAAACCACAGUCACUGCAGCAGCACAACAAAGCUCAACAGGUGCCCAAGGAGAGGUUCCCUUAUCACAUCGAGAAGCCAGACCCCUCCUAUUCAGAGCUCCACCCCGAUUCGCAGACUGCUGUCCCCGGAGUACUGGUGGCGCCAAGAAUCAUUACCGGAGCUAUGGGCACAGGCACAGAGACUCCCAUAGCCAUUGCAUACACGCCAACGGAACCAAAUCCAUUCCGCCACGAACAAGGACAGAAAUUCUCGAACAUUAACUUGGCCACUUCGGUGAUCAAUGAAAUCCGGCAGGACACCCAGACGGAAGAGGGUCUGAGUAGUGAUUUUGAUCUGCGUGGCCAGAACUUCGAGAAGGACUUCAUGGCACCCUUUUACCCGAGUGUAAGUCUUGGUGGAGCAAGUGGAGCUGCAGCAGUAAACCCCGCAGCUCCGAGUAACUGGAACAUUGUGCCCUCGACCACGGAUCAGGCGAUCUAUGAGAAGAACAACAUAAAUCGUGCUGAUGUGGAGACCACAGAGGAAAAGAAGGCGGAGGAGGAACAGCCCACUGCCAGUCCGCUGACGGCGGAGAAGCCCUCUGAGAUGGACAGUUUCCAGCCACAACUUCAGGGUGGCUUCAAACCAAUUUACCCGCCGGGCUACAAACACGUGGAGCAGGUGGAACAGGAAGAGAUCGCUGGGGCCAAGAAUGCAGCCCAGGAUCAGCCAAUCGCAUUGCCACUGGUGGGCACCACGGCAAAGCCUUCGACAUCAGCCUCCCCAAGCAGUAGCAGCAGCAGUUCCACUUCAACAUCCUCCACGACCUCGACGACUCACCAGCCCGAGAUAACGAAGUCGGAUGUAACAAUGGCAACCACCAAGGCGCCGGUGGUCAGUGCGAAGCCCACGCAGCGCAAGAAGUCCAGCUUUGAGACGAGUCUGGCAGCCCUACUCUUCGGGGACGAGGACGAGGAGGAUGGAGCACGCAAGUCCGCCGAGUUGCCAAAGGCCCAAGCCGGACCGAGGAAUGUGCCACGCAUGGGUCCAAGGAGUCUGACGUUGAGCUAAGCGGGUGCGAGGAGCCCACAAAACUAGUGUAGUCCAAUUUUAGUUCGUAUUAUUUAUUCAAAGUUUAUGAGACAGCAGGGAUAUGACCCGCUUAGAGGUAGACCAUGUGGUAAUCUAGUUCUGUUCUACAGCUUAUAGUUAGUAAGCUCACCAUCCAGAUAUAUAGACCAUCGCCUCCAACGAACACCACACCCCACGAUCCCAGCGACUUUUGCGAGUCUGAUUUGAAAUGUGUAUGUUGUGAACUUUCUCAUUGGACUCCCGAAUCGUCGGAAAUGAGAUAAAAGCUUUUUAUAUUCAAAUUAACAACAAACCUAAAAUAGUACUCACAAUUUACCAGAUUAUUGUACCAUAGAAAACCAUGCAAAAUAAACAUAAUUCUGAUAUGAUAAA